AUGGCUUCGAACCGAGUAACAAGGGUCGCUCAAGGAGGGUUUUGGAGUUCGCAGACUGCGAAUUACAGCAAGGAAACCCAAUCUUUGUUGAAAGAGAUGAUGAAAGAGUCUAAACUUACUAAUUUCCAGCAGAGACAUCUUGAAAAUUCUUUGAGGAAGGGAUCCACCCUACCCCUUGAUGUUCCCCCAACAUUUACUCCACAAAAGCCCAAACCUGUAAUACAAAAACAGCCAUCUAAGGUCAUAAAUGUUCGAGAGUACUCUGGAGGAAUCCGCUCCAAAGACACUAUGGAAAGGAGGGGAGAUUUUGAAAAGCCAGAUUACAAGCCACCUCCCAGAAGGACCAGAUCAGCCAAGGAAAAGAUAAAGCUGGCUAACAUCAUGGCAUAUGGAGAAGAUCUUCCUCCACCUGACAUGAACAAGAUCAGAGAGUUGGCUGAACGCAAGAUGAAGGUCAAGGUCAAGGUGGACAGAUUUGAUGAAUUGCAAAAGGAGAUAGAUGAAAGGAGAGCAUUCUUGGCAGACAUGGAAAAGAUAGGAAAGGCCAGUGAAUAUAGACCAAUGAUAGAGACUGAAAUAUCACAAAAAAUCAGGGAUAUGGAAAUUAUAGAUAAGAAAAAGUGUGCUGAACUACAGAAAAUGUUAGAUGCUGAAAAGGCAAAGUCUUCAAAGACAGAAAAAGGUGGAAUUCCUGAGGCAUUGGCACCAUAAAGAUUACUGGAACCAACAUUACUCUGAUGGAACCAGAGCUGUGGACAGAGAAUGUAAUAUUUUAAUUGGAUGUAAGUUUACGCGUACUUCCCAGCCAGAACAGAUGUAGAGGGAGUGUCAUCUUGUCUGUCUCAAGAAGAGCUCAUUGUAAAGAAAGGGAGACCACUGUAGAAGCUGUCAUCCUGGGACUCUCAACAUGAGCUCACUGUAAAGGAUGGGGACAUGUGGAGGGACUCUUAUCUUGUCACUCUCAUCAUUAAAUCACUGUGAAGAAGUAGGGGCCUGUGUAGGAGACUGUCAUCUUGUCACUCUCCACAUAAGCUCAGUGUAAAGGAAGGGGGACAGGACUCAUCUUGUCACUCUCAGCAUGAGCUCACUGUAAAGGAAGGGGGACAGGACUCAUCUUGUCACUCUCAGCAUGAGCUCACUGUAAAGGAAGGGGGACAGGACUCAUCUUGUCACUCUCAGCAUGAGCUCACUGUAAAGGAAGGGGGACAGGACUCAUCUUGUCACUCUCCACAAGAGCUUAGUGUAAAGGAAGGGGGACGGGACUCAUCUUGUCACUCUCGGCAUGAGCUCACUGUAAAGGAAGGGGGACAGGACUCAUCUUUUCACUCUCCACAUGAGCUCGGUGUAAAGGAGUGGGGGUAGAGGGCUGUGUAGUGACUGUUCCCUUGUCACUCCCAGCAUGAGCUCGCUGUAACUGAAGAGGUACCUGUGUAUGUGCUGUCAUCUUGUCACGGUCAUCAUGAGCUCAGUGUAAAAGAGUGGGGGGCGUGUGUAUGUGCUGUCAUCUUGUCACUCUCAACACAAGCUCAGUAUAAAGAAGUGGGCCCUGUGGAGAAAGUGUCAUAUUCACAGUGACCAGUAACUUUUGCGAGAGUGUGAAACCAGAUACAUCAUUGCACGAUCUCCCAGAAGUCAUAUUGUUCAGUCAGAUAAUCUGUGAUACAUUAUCAACUGAUUCAUCACUGUUUUAUCACUUCAACUGUUUUGUUAAUUUAUUUUUGCCACUUUUAGAGUUCUGACUUUAAGAUAAUAUCUUUAUUCAGUGGUAUUCACACACUUUUAUUUAUAUUUGAAAUUUACAUUAUUUUAUUAUUAUGUUUUUUCAGUAACAACUGCAGAUAUAGUCUUUACCUGCCGUCCAAUACCACAUUUGGUACAUUUCUAUUUUUAGCUUGGCCUCACAGACAAGCAUACAUGCCUCAGUAAUUACCAUACAUUCCACACGUGUACCAAGGGAGAUGAUUUUGUGAAUAUUUUUAAAUGUGCUAUUCAUCAAAUAAAUUUAUAUGAUUCCACACUUUGUUUCCUCACUGGCAUGGAUGAUUAAAGGGCAGGCUGGCAGAGACUUUUAACCAUGCCCAUGCCCCGUGAGGUCAUGUGUUUGAAUUCAGCUCUUGCCAUGCAGACAAAGUUGAGAUUUAAGGUACCUACGUCAGUAGGUCAGUGGUAUACUCCAGGCAUUCCAGUUUUCUCCAUCCCUAAACCUGACGCCUGUCAUGUGCUUGUAAAUAAAAAAAAGUUCUUGAACAUAGCAUUAAACAUGGUUCACCGUCGUACAUGGAAAGGUCUGCCAGCACUUGCCGAUGGUUCUGACAGGUUUCCGCCCGCCAUAAUGAUGGCCACCACCAUAUAGGUUAAUAUUCUUGAGUAGAGUGUUAACACCAACCUAAUAAAUAAAUCAAAAAAAUAUAUAAAAUAUAAUACCGAUUAACAAAUAAUUGUUAGAUGCAUUAGUCUGUGGUUUUCAUUUAAGGGCAGACAAAAAACUAAAACGAAGGAUGCAAAUAUGUCAGAUGAAAGACCAUAAAAUACUGUCCUGGAAAAUUUAUUUAUUUCUUUAUUUUUCAACCAGUCCAACAUCUCAUGCAAUUGUGUCUGCUGCUUGAAAUAAUAUGUUCCAUGGUCCAUUGAGCAAAUGCAUUCAUACCUCUACAUGCUUAUACAGUUUUAAUACUGAAGUUGUGACACUAACAACUGUUUGGUCAGAAAAGGCCAUCGUGGAAUCUUAUGUAUUAAAGAUACAUUUUACACGGUUCGAAAAAGAAAUCAAACUAGUUAUACUUGAAGUCCACAUCCAUGCACAGUUUGAUGUUUCCAGCACGAAUUGAAAAUUUGGUAAGUUCGAACACAAAUGAUUAACAUGCUUAGCUGUGUUAGGGCUAACACUGUGAUUGACAAUAGUGCUACAUAUAGGCAUGGGAAUUUUACCCCAAUUGGCUUAUUUCAGACUUUUUCUUUUAAUUAGAAUUUGAAAAACAAAGAGCAACUGAUUUUGCCAGAACAGAUUGCUAACGUCAUUUGGGGGGCAGGGUGACAUACUCUUAGACUUCCUUUAGAAACUUCUGACUACUUUUGACCAUCAGUUCCCUUGCCUGUAUUAUCCAUACAUGACAAGUAAGGGUAACACUCACCCCUGCUGGCUCAGUCAAUUAUGUCUCCUCAGGUAAUGUACAAUUUGGUUCCUGCUGGUUCAUCAGUACCUUUAAGGACUCAAAUAUGUGACAUUUGUAAUGGUGCCAUCUUUGACCUUAUUUUACAUAGCACAACAACCCGUCAAAAUAACUCUCAUGCAGUACACGUGAAAUAAUAAGAACAUAUCAAGAUUGCUCACUAAUUAUAUCCUUCCUAAUUCUGUCUUAUCCUACCCAUAUUUGUGGACAUUUCUGACGGGAAUCAAAAUGGUUUCUGCACACAGAUUACAAGCGUAUACGGUGGCUUGUUAAUGGCAUACAACUUUGUUCAAGUAUUUUGUUUGUUUUCUGCAUUUUCUUAUUUGUAUGGCGGCUUGUCAAACUGUAUUUCAUCAAAGUAAAUCUUUUUUUAAAGAAAAUAUUCUUUUACACAGAAAAUUAUUUUUUUCAUACGCUGUCAUUUUUUCACAAUGGAAAGUUUAUCUUAUAGAUUGACGGAAGUAUUUUGUUCAUGGGAGUAAUAUUUCCACCACCGACGCUGAAAAUAUAUCAUUAUUACGUCAGGUACGUGGUUUACGAUUUCCAAUGCGGAGUGGUCUAAUCAUCGCCUGAGUUGCAUAUUCUCACUUUUUCCAGUUACUGCGUGUACCGUUUUCAUUUUCAGCACCUAAAUAGGUUUAAUUUGAUAAUAUCUAUGCGCUGUGUUAAUGUUUAUAAAUUAUUUACUCUUGAUUACAAGUGUAAUUUCCUACAGCACCAUAUUUUAUGCCUUUAAAAUGAUACCAAGCAUAAGUCAGUCGAUCAGUGGUGAGAACUGCGUAAUUCCAAAACAACACUCAUGUCCACGAGACAACAGCAGACAUAUUGAGUCACGCUGCAAAGGUACAUAGACUAUCAAUAUAGGUCACGUAUAGGCCUAUUCCCUUUGUAUAUAAACAGGGGGAUUUCCGUCAAAUUUCCCUUUGCAUUUAAGGCAUGCUCUAGGCUAUUAUCUGAGCAGUCAUCACGAUGAAGCUCCCCGUCAUCGAAGCUAGGCCUGCGGUGUGGAUAUACAUGUAUUGUUUAUGGGUGGUGAGGACUACACACGCUCAUCCCUACCCAAAACCCGGCAGCCAUGAUUUGGCAACGUGUGGCUCGGACACCUGUGAUACUCAAAAACGUCCCACCCCUGAGUUUUGUAACAAAGUAGAGACGCGAUGUGAGAGCUGUACCGUUCGUACCUGCGAAGAGGUCAUCUGUGGCGCGUGGAAUGGCUGCAGCAACACAACACCGCCUACAGUGGAAUGGUAGAUAUAAUAUAAGCCAUCUGUAUACCGCAGUGCCUCACAUGAUGCACUGCAGUGUGCUUUUGUCGAUAUCGAAUGCUCUAUGGCAUCUUUAUAGUCUGAUCUUUCCAGUACCAACUGAAGAAGGUUUUGUUGGUUGUGCUGGAGGCAUUCAGACUGAUCAACAUAACAGACAGUAAAUUGCUAAACAUAUCGUCACAUUUGUAUAUAACGCUUGAUAUGUUUUGCGUAUAUGACAUGUACUGGCUCUUUUCUUUCAGCUAUCACAGCAGGUGUACCUGUAUCCGAGAUUCAUCAUGAUGAGGUAACAAAAUCAAAUUCAGAAUCGGACAGAAGGGAGACGGAAAUGCUGCAACAGUCUGUUGAUAAGUUGAGGGCAACCGUCGACGAUCUGGUGUACAGAUUUUAUGGUCUUUGUGUACUCGUCGCCAUCCUGACUAUCAUCACUAUUCUAGCUAUCUUCAGGCCUAAGUUGCUCUGUCCUAGAUGUAAUCCCAGACCACGCCCCG